CAUUAGCAGACGAUAUAUGAUGUUGUUUCGUUAGCAGACGAUAUGAUGUUUCAUUAGCAGACGAUACGAUGUUUCAUUAGCAGACGAUAUGAUGUUUCAUUAGCAGACGACGUUGUGUUGUUUCAUUAUUUACUUGGUAAUUGAUGGUGUUGUCUUGAGUUGGUAGGUAAUUCCACGUGUUGUGUGCAGGCAGACGAUAAAAGAGGAUUUUAAACCGGACACACUCUCUUUUUUUUUCGGUGUGUGUCUUCUAACUACAGAGAUGGAUGUUAGCUCUGUAUUCAGAUAAGGAACUAACGCGCGGAUUUCAGAAGAAAAAAAAGUUAAUCUUUCUGGACUUGGUGUUUUUUUUUUUUGAGUUUGGAUUAAACAAACAAAAAAAAACUGUGUGUUAGUUUCAGACUAUUUCAUGCAGAAAGCUCAUUCACAUUUUCUUGGGAUUAAUGAUCGCCCAUCUUUGACCGAUGAAAAGUUUUCUUUUGGAUUAAAUUUGUGCUGGACAAUUGAAUAAAGGUUGACCGGUGUUUGAUUCUCUUCUGAAGACGUGGUGGAUAUGCUUUGACCCGUGGUCAUCAUGUUUGUAAACAUCGAUGUAUGCUGACUUUCUUCUGUGGUUUACUCUGGUCGUUUGCUUGGUCUGUCUAGAUAUUAUCACGUGAUCUAGUGUUUGACAUCAGUUCCAAGCAAACAGUGUGAUGUUUUCAAUGUUCAGUGGUCAUAUCUGCAAUGCUAACUCGACCAAUGGCUUCCCCACACCAGGCCGCCUGAAGAAAAGCGCCUCCGGUGACUCUGGUGGAAGUUUCGACAUGGUAGAGAGCUGUGACACGGAAAUGAACCAAAGCGAUGACCAGUGUCCACCAAUAGAUCCAACGCAAUCUCAAUCGAAUGAAGACCAGUGUCCACCAAUAGAUCCAACGCAAUCUCAAUCGAAUGAAGACCAGUGUCCACCCACACCUAAAACACGAUUAAAGGUUUGCGUCCCAGACCCGAGCAUGUUGGUCAGAAGCAGUCUGGACUCUGGGGGGAGCUUCGACCUAGAGACCACUGCCCAGGAUGACCCUUUCAGCCUUCGACUACAGAGGCCCGAGAAGGAAAGCACUCUACCCACCAGAGAUGACGGGCUCUCCUCUCUCAGCGAUAAAAAGUUUCUCACGUUCUCUAAAAAGAGCUCACCCUGUCUUAUCUAUAGAUCAAACACGGACGUGUCGGCCAUCUUUUCCAAGAUCGCCAAGGAAAGAAGACAAGGGAAAGAGACAAUGAAGCCACUUGAAACAACUGACAGCUCAACCUCCAGGAGCGAUUCAUGGAACAAAGAGAAGUCUGACAGCGAUGUAGGAAUUACACAUUUAGGGCAUGAAAAGCCCGAGGAAAUUACACGUGAAGAGACUAGAACAGAAACGAAGUUUAAGCUAAUGGAAGGCAGCCAUGAUAAUAGGGAUGGUACGUACUUACCAGGUCAAAAAUGUGAAGAUUCUGAUACAAGGAUUCCAGGAGUAGACUACUUACAAGUUGUUGAUGGCAAUCGUGUAGACUUGGUCAGUGAUAAGUAUUUGCAGCGUAAUGAACAAAGGGACAUGACUUCAUGCAUGCCCUUAGAUUGUUCGGAUUUACAACAGGGGCAAAUAAAAAGUGGCGCCGGGGAUAAGGAUGUAAACAAAACUUACUUAGAGAAAUGUGUUCAGAAAGAAGAUGCAUGUGAUAACGCUACAGAAGAGGUGACUUUCAUUCCGCGUGUCGAUGAGGAGGGGGGUAGAUGGGCUAGAAGCUUGGAGGAGAUGGAACUCCAGGAUGAUUGCAAAGACUCUAGUAGAAGCGGUAAUGGUGAAGAAGAAGAUGUUGACACACGUGAGCGAACAUCAAACGAGGAACAAGUUUGUAAGCAUGCAGAAGAUGUUUCCCACCAGUAUGGACAUCUCUGGGCGAUUCCCUCUGAGCGAAGAGGCCGCAGCGCCAGCGAUGUGUUGCCCUCGUAUCGAGUAAAGUGCGCUUUGGACAGCGGCUUGAUCCCAACCCUGUUUCCAUUGCAGACAAUCAGUCCUACUCUUGAUGUCUCGACAAUUGAAAACGCUUUGGGGCAAAAUGAUAUGAGCCCAACGAAUACUGAAACUCAACCCAUCUCAGACUGUGACCAUCUUGAAGGUUAUGUAGACGUCAUCGAGAUUAGUCAGGACGAUCCGGAGCAUUGUGUUGACAUUCCUAGUCAUAUGCAACUCCCAAUUCUCUGUGGUUUGUCGCAAUCUUAUAGCAAUGAUAGUUUUUUACCUAGCUGUCAAUCCCUGGACGCUAGAAGAACCAGUGUUGAUUCUCUUGAAGACAAAAAUGGUUUUGAUUCAAUGAUCGACUCUAACAUAGCCAGUCGCAUGAAUGAUUCUAUCAGCAGCAUUAGCUGCGACAUUGACGACUGCCACUGGUCCAAGCUCGACGCUGCGCACAGGCUCGGAGAUCAAUCUCCAUCAAGCUCAAAGGAUUAUUUUUCGUGCGCAAGCAGUUUCAGUGUCGGCCGAAGCAGCCUUGACCUUGCGGAGUUUUCUUUGGCGCACAGCUUCACCAGUGACUCGGAGGUAGCCGUUGAGAAUGACACAUUGAGCCCAGAGAGCGGAGUGUCACACAGCCCUGUGAGAGUGAAGAGAGACUUCGGAGCGUGGAGGCUGCUGAGCUCGUUUGAAGAAGGUUUCGACAUAAAACAGCUUAGCCCAGAGUCGUUAUCACUUGAUGCAUCAUCUUUGGAAGAUAGAAUGUUUAAUCCGCCUGUGCCGAGUGCUAGCCUCACAAAGUCAACAGAAUUCAACGAUUCUAGCCUAGAACUUAUUGAGACUAGAGAACGGUCUUACAGCGAGAGUAAGCCUUCUCCAGAUACUUUACAGAGACACAUACCAUUUAUGACUAAUGCUUCUUUAUCGGAUAUAUACACCAACCCUGCUGAUUUGAAGGCAUCGUCCGUCUCCAAUAUACCAUCAACUAUUUCAAGGUCAUUUAAGCUGAACCUGGUUCAAACUACUGCUCCACUUGUUAGUGGCAGCUCGGGCUCACCAAGUCCGGUCGUGCCGAAUGUUAAAGUCGGUUCUAGGGGUACCAAAUGGAAGGGUUUAAAAACUGCGAUCCUUCGAAUCUCUAGUCCGGGAAAAAAUUUUCAGCUGUCGAAUUUGUUCAACUCCUCCAAGUGUUCGUACAACUUGGCCCAGGCUGCACCGAGAGCCCAAGACACUACCUCGCCGGCUCAAACUGCAGCCAGUGCCAUGGACACUACCUCACCUGAUCAAGCUGCAGCCAAAGCCAUAGACACUACCUCACCUAAUCAAGCUGCACCUAGAACUCUAGACACUACCCCACCGUCCAAGGAGCGAAGGCGUAAAAAAUCUCACCAGCCCACCAUCUCCUCAUCCCCCGCUACGCCCUCGACACCUCCGAUGACGUACAAAGUCCAGGCAGAUCCCCCAUCGGAGAGCCCGGCCCACUUCCUGGUCAAGCGUGUUAGAUCGCUGUCUGUGGACAACAUCCUCAGCGCCCCCUACGGCGGCCACUUCACUUCUGGUGGCCCCGUCACCCCGGACACAUACCCCUCUCUGGGGGAUAUUACAAGACUGAGCAAAGUUUACUACGGAGAUCGAGCCUACAUUUGCUACAGAGGUGCCCUUAUACCCCUGGAGGCCAUAUUUGAUGCUCAGAAAGUAGAAAAGAACAAAUUUUAUUCUCAUGAUGGGAAUACUGUAAGGGAGGUAAAGAAGGCUCAACAGUUUGGACUGUCCUUACAAGAUUUAAAGAAAAAUACAGGAAAGAUAAUUCCAGCCCCUGUGGAAGAUACUAUUGAGUUUUUGAAAUCAUCAGCAGGAGACGAGGUCGAAGGUUUGUUUCGGCGAUGUGCCCGAGUGUCCACAAUGAAAGAAGUGCAAGAGAAAUAUGAUGAUGGUGAAAGAGUUGACUUUAAUACAUAUGACGACCCUCACCUUGCUGCAGCCAUCUUGAAGAAAUUCUUGAGAGAACUGCAGGAACCGUUGCUGACUUUUGACCUUUUCGAACCAAUCACAAGAAUCCAUUAUCUCGAGGCCAGCAAACAAUUGACAGAGGUUCAAAGAAUCUUGCAGGAUGAGCUCCCAGAGGACAACUAUAUCAUUUUAAAGUUUGUCUUCCAGUUCUUGCAACAGGUGGUCAGCAAGUCAGACAUCAAUCACAUGACUGCUGAGAAUGUGGCCACAGUCUUCGGUCCAAACAUUGCCUGGCCUAAAGGUCAAGCUAAUCUGGCCUCAGUUGAGCAGGCGGUCAAGUUUGCCCUUAUACUUUUACAGAAUUUCGAUGAGGUCUUCCUGAGGUGAUUGUCUCACCAGACUUGUAAAAAAGAAAGGAGCAAGUUCUUACCAUGCACAAACAAAAAUAGCUCAUUGAAUUUUCCUUUCUAUUUGGUAUCAUUCUUGCAAUACUUUUGGUUCUGUGAAGUCAUUUCCUCCCCUGUUUCCCUUUUAGACUUGAUUAUGUCCCUCUUUUGUUUCUAUAAGUUUUGAUUGGCUGAAGAUAGCAUUGACUAAACUGAUGGUUUGAAUAUAUAUAUAUAUGUAUGUAAUCUAUUUAUAUAUUUGUUUUGAAUGUAUAACUGUCCAGAGCAUAUUGAGAUGAUAACACUCUUUCAAAUGACAUAUUAUUGUAUUAUAUUUUCAAACAAAGAAAUAUUUUAUGCUUGACAACAUUACUGAGUCAGUUUUUCUAAAUCAUCUUGAAGUUUGUUGUGCUGCCAAUUAUGACAUUUUACAACUUGUAUACACUAGCCUCCUUCACAAUUCUUGUUUGGAUUGAUUGUAUCUGUUGUGUUUGGAAGUGUAUUUACAAACUGUAUUUGUUUUGUAUGAUGAAUGUUAUGAGCUCCAAAUUGUUUAUUUCUUUUGCUAUGUAAUAGAAAUACACAAGUUUCUCUUGAAGAAAUAACAGUCGUUGUAAAGUAGAAUCCAUUUGUUCUGGACAAUUUCUUCUUUUGGUAUUUUAUUUAUUUUUCAGAUUUAGUCAGUGAAUGACUCAUUUAGCAUUAUUGUGUUAGCCGAAACUUUUUUUGCUUUGUUUUAAUUACAAAGGGAGUUGACACCUAAUCUAGCUAAAAGGUCCUUGAGCAUUACUUUCCAUAGUCGCUAGCAACCAAAAUGAAGUAGAUCUUGAUGUUAUUUGAAUGUCAAAGUUGAACUGUUACAUAAUUUUACAUAUUUUUAGUUUUGGUUUGAGAAAUUACCCUGAUUUUUCUCGAGCAGUUCUUUAUGAGUGCAGGAGUGUGUUUGUUUGUUUGUUGUUUUUCUUCAUUGUUAUUGGCCAUCAUUCUAUACCAAGUAAUAUAUACUUCCAAACAUGUGGUGCCAGCUUGGAUUGAAAGUUAAUGUACUUAGUUUAUGAUGUACUUAAUUAAUAGCUGCUGGGGAGAAUAGAUUUUAAAUUUGUUAGAAAUUUUCCUGAAAGUCAUUGUCAUAAUUCACCAGACUAAAAUAUUGACAUGACUCAGUGAAGAAUAUGCACGAUUCUAGAUUGAUAUUGGUUUUUAAUUCACCAUUAAGAUCUCUCUUGGCAUCCUGAGAUUUAGAUGUAAUAAAAUACUCAGAAAUACAUAAAGAUAAAUGGCACAUUUCUUAUUCCACAUGCAAGGGCAAAUUGAUGUAAGUGCUCUUUCUUCCCUAAUUCCAUUAGAGCAUGGAACUGAUUGCUAGAAUCAUCUCGGAAAACCAAUAACAUGGUAGAGGUUUAAUACACUGAUUAACAUGCACAACUAGAUUGGCACAUAUCAAUACUUUAAAUGAUUAGAUACUGAAAAUGCUGAUUGACUUCUUUCUUUGUACAUUAUAAGAAAAGCCUGUUUUGUAUUUCCUGUUGAAGUAACUUCUGUAUUAUAUAAGAUAAGAUGACCUUUUGUCCACUUGCCUCACCAUUGUCUACUGUUGUAAAUCUUUCUGACCACAGAUUACAUUUUAUCUGGCCUAAGUUUCAAGGAGGAAUGUUUAUUUGUAAUAAAAAGGUUCUAGUGUCUGGAAAAAAUAGAUGGGACAGUGCUGUGAAAGAUUCAGUUAAGUUAAUUAGAUGUUUUAUAUCUGUUUUUUGUAUAUUGAUCUCUACUGCCCUAGUGUGGGAGAUUAGUCUGAUCUGCUUAAGUAGGCUAUUAUUGUCAGGACAUUGACAAAGAAAUUCUUGGUUUCUGAAAAUAAUUUGUCUCUUGUUGUCUUUUUAUAAAAAAAAAAACUUGUGUCAAUGUCAAUGUAUGCUUGAUGUUUCAUAGAAAUCUUUUCUCUGGGGAUAGGCAGUAAGUAAAUAUAGAAAACAUGGUCAACCAUUAGAAAUUGAGCUGUUAUAGGACUUAAGUAAAAACAUAGGAAUAAACAAAUAACGCUAAAUUGGUUAUUAGUUAACAAUUUUGUUCUAAUUAUUUGUCAUAUUCCUUGUUUGUAGCUGAUGAAGGCCUUGUGGCGCAAACAUCCUUUUUUUUUUUUAAUGCCAGCAGGGUUUCCUUUAUGUUUUUGUAUUUUCUAUAUAGUUGUUCAACCCUGAUGCAGUGAAUCUUUUUUUUUUUUUUUUCAGCCCCUUAAUUGAGGAGAUGUUUUUUUAUCUUCAGUUUUCUGUAAAAUCUAGUUCUGUAAUACUUUCAUCAGUUAGUCUCUCUCUGAUAUCACAUGGAUGGCUGCCUGGUCGUGCGAUAUGUCCACUGGACUGUCAUUCAGAUGGUAAUCUUAUUUUGUUUCAUCAGAUUCUAAAGCAUACUUUUUUUUCUUUCUUUGUGCUUUGGUAUGGUCAGUGAUAAAGUUGGAAUCUUAACCUUUUGAACUUUGGCAUUAUUAACGACAAUUCUGGAAGGGUUAUCUUUGCAUUUUGAUCAGCUUGUUAUUUUGUAUAGAUUAUGGACUGGGGAUCUUUUCCUAUGUAAGUUUGGUUUUGAAAGAUUAUAGAUUCUGUUAGGCUGUGUUUGACUGAUGUCCUGUGGAUGUGUUAGGUGCUAGGGUGUGUUUGACUGAUGUCCUGUGGAUGUGGUUAGGUGCUAGGGUGUGUUCCCUGACAUUCCUGUACAGAUCUACUGGGCCAUGACCAGUUCAUGUAUUCCACUUUGUGCAAUCAUUCAAUGUUUUCAUUAGAUAUAAUUUCUAUUCUUAUUUUCUUCUGGACUACAGUCCAUUGACUUACAAUCCAUAUUCUUGUCAUGUAUUUGUCUGGCUGCCUUGUUUAGCUGUUUUAGAGCAGCCACUGUAGAAUGUGGUUGCAGCCAUAUAGCCAUUUUAAUUUUUUGCCAUAUAAUAUUUCACAAUGUAAAUCUUUUGCCAUGUAGCCAUGAGCAGUGUCAUAAUUCAGGCAGUUCCUAUUUAUUUUAAUAUAUAUCUCAGUGAUAUGCUCUUACUACUGAAAAUGCUUAUGUUGUUUCAGUAGAAUAUUAUCUCCCUUGAUGUGGAUUAAACCAUUGCAAGAGGGGUCAGGGGGGUCAAUUUACAAAUAUGGAAUAAGUUUUUUUCAAAAAGAGGUUAUGAGAAGUUAUUUUAAAGUUGCUUGUGCCUUUUCAAGAGAUCGGGGAAUGGAAAGGUUAUUCAUUUCCCAUCAGUGCCAUGACAAUAUUACACUAAUGAGGAGUUUCCUUACUAAUUUCAACAUAUUUGCUAUAUCCAUGUUUCUUAUUUAAUCACAUUUUUUUUGGUUUCAAAUUGGGUUUGAUCAGAUCUUGAAUAAGUAGGUUUACAAAGUGACAAGAGUAUCACUUUUUUUUUUAUGUGGAUGAAUAGAAAUGUAGUCUGUCACUUUUUUUUUUAAAUGUUUGAUGUUGGUGAAGAAUUAAUAUGAAAAGUGCCCUGACUGACUUUUAACAGUACUACUCUAUGUAGCUAGGCUGUUCAAUGUUAGUAGAUAAAGUAAUAUAUCACAUGGAAAUUAAUAGUUAUAGUUAUCAAUAGGGGCCAGAGAUUGUUAGCUUGUAAAAUAAAAACAACCCUAACCUAUAUAUAGGCUAAAAAAAAAUAUUUUAAAUAGUAAAAUAUUCAGCAGUAUAAACAUGUAUUGUUUUUUCCUGAACAAAACCUGGAUAUGUUUAUUUAAUGAUGGAUAUUAAUAAAUCUGAUUUUUUUUAUCUUUUUUUUUUUUUUAUAAUUUAUUGAAAGUUUUUUUGUGUGUGUGUGCAUAAUUUUUGGUUCACUGGAGAAUAUUAUGACAUUUGAAGACAUUGAUUUUUAUUGUCAAUAUACAUUUACUGCAGACUUGAUUAAUAAUGAAUUUUGUUGCUAGUUUUGAUUUUUUAUUUCUCUUUUAGUUUGCAUGAUGUGUACAUAUAUUUGGAUUAAACUGACUACAAUCAUGUCGAUAA